UUUCAAACAACCUGCUGUUUGAGAUACAGCAAAAACAAGAACAUAAUUGCCUUUGAAUAUCAUUACUAACAUCAAAUUCGGUUUGUUUUAUAAUUUAUUCGCAUUUUCCUGUUGAUAUUUUGGAACUUGGAGUGAGACCUGCAAGCUAAAAACUUCUAUACUUAUCAUCAUGGAAAUUGACGCACCAAAUUUGAAUGAUGCGCUUCAAGAAGCAAGUACGGAAGAAAAACUAACAUCUUUAAAAGAUUCCAUAAGCCAGAAUCCGUACAAUUACCAAAGUCAUCUUGAUUAUGUACAAUUAUUGAGAGGUCAUCAUGACAAGCAAAAUGAACUAGAAGCAGCUCGUCGGAACUUCCAACAACAUUUUCCGUUGUCAGAAUACAUAUGGAUGGACUGGUUAAAUGACAAGCUUCAAUCAUGUAACGGUGUUGAGGAUUAUAUUGAUACCGAUAAGCUUUUCAGUCUUGCAGUAAAGGAUUAUUUAUCUACUACAAUUUGGAGCAGCUACAUGCAAUUUAAGAUUGAAACAAACGCACUUGCUCUUGAAGAGAACAAUACGGAUCUGUUACAAGUAUUUUCUACAAAACAAGUUUGCGAUGUUGUCAAGUUAGCAGAACAGACGACUCGCUUUCAUUUUACAGAGAGCCAUGUCAUUUGGGAUAUUUACAUUACGUUUAUGCGCGAGCGAGGUUUUAGUGCUCUCUACCCUUCAGUUUCUAUUGAUGAAUUAAGUUUACAAUGUUAUCUAAAACGACUAGAGAUUCCUCACGAAAAAAUAGAAUCCACAUUUGCUACGUUCUCAACUUUUGUUACACAAUCCUUUCCUAAUGACUACGAAUCCAUUAUGAUCAAUGCAAAUAGGGUUUUCUCAAACACUCUCAAAAAAUCAAAUGCAAUUUCUCGCCAAGAAUUGCUUCUUAGAUCAUCCGGUUAUCCUUUGGAGGAAUUUGAGUCAUUUGUAAACUCAGAAAUGAGGAAACCAAAACAAAUUGCUGGUUACGUUGUAACACUUUUGGAGCGUUUACUCUCCAUAUAUCCAUUAAGCACGGAUGGUUGGUGCUUGUACGUCUCUUGGAUUAUAAAAGAAACUAGAGAGGACGAAAGUGCUAAUAUAAAUCUACUAAAUGUUUGUGAGCGGGCUAUUCGGAAUUGCCCUUGGACUGCCAAGUUCUGGAUAUUUCUUUGGUAUGCAAUGCUCCUGUAUUCCACGGACGUUUCGGAAAUAGAGAAGAGCAAGGAGCUUGCUUUUUCAACGGGGCUUAUAACGGAUCAUGGUGAAAUCGUUGAAUUGUUAUGUGGUUGGCUUCAGAUUUCCGUGUACAUUUGUGCCGAAAAAGAGAACAGCGAAGACUAUAUUCGCUCUCAAAUAAAUUACGCGAAAAAGUUCAUAGCUACUACUCUUUCAAAAGGAAAACAUGACUUUUUCAAGCUUGAUUUAUCCAUUAUUGCAUUACACACGGCCGUUUCAAAUGUGGAUGCCGCAUUAAAACUGUGGUCACAUAUGGAGAAGGUAUAUCCACACAAAUCACAGUUUUGGAUUCAAAGAUUUGAAUGGCUGUACCCACGAGACAAAAAACUGGCCCUCGAUACACUGACAAGAGGGUUAAGUAAAAAACUAGACAACCCGAAGGAACUUAUGGAAUACUACGAUCUUGUUCUGGUUAAAAAUUACGACUUGUUUUCAGCUUUGGAACAAGAAUACGAUUUAUUUCACGCGAAGCGUCUUUUCCAACAACGUUUGCUUCGAGAGGCAGUAAGUGGAACCAAAGAGCAUUCGCUGGAAUCUACAGUCCAGAUUGCGACUCCGGAGACAACGCAAUUGCGACCUAAGUUAAAGAGGAAUAUUGUAGAUGAAGAAAGUGCUAUGCCUAAGAAAAUUCGUUUUGCUGCUAAACAGAGAAACCGCGAAGAGCUCACUAUCUUAGUAACCAACAUUCCUACCAGUGCUAGUCCGGAUGAUAUUCGAUCAUUGUUCUCUGAUUGUGGAACCAUCAACGAGCUUGUCGUUUUACCAGAUGAUGACGGUCAAACCAAGGUAGCACAGGUUGAGUUUGCAGAACCAGGCGAAGUACUGGCUGCGAAAACAAAACAUUUGAAAAAAAUUCACGGACAUGAAAUAAAUGUCCGAGACCAUGCUGAUACGACAUUGUUUGUCACAAACUUUCCACCAUCGUUUGACGAGCAAGCAAUAACCGCUCUCUUUGAACCCUUCGGUGCUGUUGUUCAGGUGCGUUUCCCCAGCCUAAAGUUCAAUGCCCGAAGAAGAUUUUGUUAUGUUCAAAUGCGUACUCCUGAAGAGGCGCAUAAUACCUUGCAGCUAAACGGAAAGCUCCUUGAAGGAAACUUUGAACUGAAAGUUCAUCUUUCUGACCCAGACAACAAGCAAUCACGCGAGGGUCCAAUUUAUGAGAAACGCGAACUUUACGUUACUAACAUUGAUUUUGCUUGUACAAAAACUGAUGUCGAAAAGUUCUUUUCAAGAUAUGGUUCCGUUGAAAAUGUUCGCCUUCCUUCAAGGAAUCCGUAUAGACAUGCUGGAUUUGGCUACGUCGUAAUGUCAAAUAAAGAUGAGGCCGAACGUGCAUUAAGCGCUACUGGAGAAAGACUUGGGUCGCGCGUAUUAAAUGUCGUGAUAUCUGUUGCGAAGCCGCCCAAAAAAGUGAUUAAUUCUUCAAAACCACCCGUUUCUACGAAACCUUCGGGAACGGAACUUCCCCGGGUAACUUUGGAACAAGUGCAUAACAAGAGCUUAGGCGUCAUGAAUGUUGAUGAGACGGUUAAUGAGGCACGAUUAAGACAAAUGUUUGAACCAUAUGGUGAACUCUUCCGCGUUGUUCUGCACCCGGAACACAACGGUGCAAUAGUAGAGUAUAAGGAUCCUGCAAAAGCAGGCAAGGCGGCGAUGUCAGUAGAAGGUUACGAACUCGCUGGAAGGCGGCUUCAUAUAGGCAGCGUUGAUGAAAUGAUGCAUGCCAAAUUAACAGACACAAGUGAAAAUCCUUCCACGAAAUCCUCAGCUCUGGAAUUUGUCCCGAAUAUCCGUACUCUAAGAAGAGGGCAUCGUCUUGGUAAUUUUAAAGCAGCUGUACAAGAAUCAACGAAUGACGACAUGGAUACAGAUGCACCAAAAAGCAACGACGAUUUCAGAAGAAUGUUCUUGAAUAAUUAAGCCAUAGAUAUUAAUUAUAGCGGUUUGAAAAUCUUGCUCAAACUAAAUCACUUCUUUAUAGAGAUAUUAUACAUUCCAGGAUCAUAUUUGUGUUCGAUUAUAAUUUUUAAAUCUCUGUUCUGGCUGUAUAGAUCUAAUGUUAAAACAUUUGCUAUACAGCAGCUGAUGUGUUUUUUAAGACGAUUGUUGUAUAAGUCUACAACAGAUUCAUCUUUUAACACUGAAGAAAACUGUUUCGCUACAAGAAGAAAAUUCUUUUUAGCAGCAUUAAAGUGCUCCUUAGCUUCUUUGAUUAGUACAUCCUCGACACAAGGUUUAGAAUUCUCUUUUAAAACUGAAAGUGAGAGAGGCGGCAGGCUCCGUAAUUGAAGGAAAGGUCUAAAGUGGGUUAGGAAUUGUGAUUUUUGGAACUCAUCUUCGUUUCUAAGUGUUUUUUUAGGAAUUGCAUUAAUCGUAAUUAACAAAC